CAUCGACAUGUCAGGCCUGAAGAUCCCGGAAAGUGGGAAGAAACAAGGAAGUGUAGUUAGCAAACAGCAGGCAAAGUACAAGCUAACCUACACCAGUGGAUUUGUUUGUCUGUUAAACCCUCAGACACUGUUUGUCCAUUUAACGUUAUAGCAAAAUGCCUGAAAGACAGAUACCGAGGAUACAAGCCAUUAACACCAGUGCUAGUGAUGGACUAGAAGGGUUCAAGGCACAUGCUGUGUUCCAGGAAAUCAACAAGAAGCUUCAGGAGGAGGGGGAGCAGUUUGUGAAAAAGAUCGGGGGAGUGUUUGCCUUUAAAGUGAAGGAUGGCCCGAAUGGACAGGAUGCAACUUGGUUCGUGGAUGUGAAGAACGGCAAAGGCUGUGUUCACAAUGACACAGCUAAGAAAGCAGAUUGCACCAUUUCCAUGUCGGAUACAGAUUUGUUAGCCUUGAUGACGGGGAAGAUGAACCCACAGACUGCGUUUUUCCAGGGCAAGCUGAAGAUUACAGGAAACAUGGGACUGGCCAUGAAGCUUCAAAGCCUGCAGCUGCAGCCAGGCAAAGCCAAGCUGUAGAUGAAACAUUGAAGCUAUCAUAACAACACCUCAGAACACUGAAUAGAGUAAACCAUGAAGAAUUUAACAGCAAGUCUGGUUUCAGAUAAACGUUACAGGGUUGUAAACCUUCUCAUCACUGGACUGAACCGCUCCUACUAGUGACCUCACUGAGCAACCAGGGGAUUAGUCAGCAGCCCCCCCAAUCUAACUGGAGAAUAAGAAAGAUGGAUAAUUAAUUCUCUUUAGAAGUCCCUGUCUGCAGGCCCUCUCAUGUCAGUAAUCUAGAGUAGAGACAGGUGUUCCUAAUUUGUGAUACUAAUUCCGUUUAUGUCCACUUUUCAGUACAUUUCCAAUAUACUUUGCUAAUCAAAUCUUUAAGUCUAUUAUGUCUGGAAAUGUUUUGAGUAGAGCAGGUUGAUGUCAUUUUCCACAGUCAUGGACACAACAGUCUAAGUGCCUCCUUGUCUCAGAUUUGCAGUUUUAGCCAACAACGCAGAAAUGUUUUUCACUGUGGCCACCUAACGUUUUAAUGGAGGGGGUUGUAAUUUUGGGCCGUGCUAUCAUUAUUGUAUGAAUCUCUAAAAGAUAUCUACUAAAUAAAUUUGUCUGUGCUGCAAUGUCCA